UAAAUACAUACAUACAUGCUUACUUACAUAUGCAUACAUUUCCUAGUUAGUUAACAACAAAACCGCAUUUUAGCUUAGUUCGCUGUAAGCAUACACUGCGUUUACAUUCUAUUGAAAAAUAUACGUAAAAACAUUUAUUCCCUUAGUUAUUAUUUUUUCCAAAAUAAAAUGUCACUAAAUGAUUUACUAAUUCGCACAAAAGAUGGAGAAAUCCUGGAGACUCGAGAUAAAUUAUUUGAAAAAUCUCACGUGAUACAGGAAGCCAAAAAGCUUACAGAUAAAGAUGGCUGCAUAUCGUUAAAUAAAAUAACAUCAAACAUUCUACGUCGUGUAAUAAUAUGGGCGGAAAAGUGUGAGGUGGAAUCUUAUGAUUUGGAUAAUGAUGAGAGGGAAAAAUGGAUUAAUGAUUUCCUAGAUGUGGAUAAUGAGACUUUAUUUCAAAUAAUAAGCGCCGCUGACGAGUUACAUCAAAAGGAUCUUGUCAACAGAGCUACAAGUAAAAUUGCUAACGAACUUAAUGACAAAUCAGCACCGGAAAUAGCAAAAUAUUUCAAUUUACGUUCAAAAAAUGUACAUAUUUAA